AUAUUCAGUUGCAUGAAAAAAGGACGGGGUGUGAUUGGAUUUUGAAUCCAUACAAAUUUAGUAUUUUUUGGCUACUCGGCACGGAUGUUGUUUUCAUAACGUUGCUGCAAAAUGGCUCACCGUUUAAUUGUUAGCUUUGUAGUUGCUGCACUGGGUGCAAGUUUUAUGUCCACUUCCGGCCUAAUUGCAUCCGAGUCUAACAAGAUCUUUACUCUACCUGUUCUGGUGACAUUCGGUCUGCUGGUCGGUUUAACGUACCUGGUAGGAUCCGCCUACGGUGCCAUCUUCGGCGAAUACUAUUUCUAUGGGGACGAAGGGAGAGACUCGUACCUCAUCCGGAAAGCACCUGCCGGUAUGACCAGAGAAACCGGCAUUGCGGAGAUGAAGCGAUCGCGGAAAGUUGGUGCGAUCCCGCCCGUCUACCCUAACGGCUGGUUCGCCGUCUUGAGGUCCGAGGAACUCAAGAAAAUGGAGACGAAAUACGUUCAUGCGCUGGGUUUGCAUCUGGCUGUGUUCCGAGGUGAGAGUGGCAAGGUGUACAUCACGGAUGCAUACUGCCCUCAUCUUGGCGCCAAUCUAGCCAUUGGCGGGAAGGUGAAGGGGGAGUGUAUUGAGUGUCCUUUCCACGGGUGGACAUACCGCGGGGAUGAUGGUAAAUGCGUCAAAAUCGGCUACGCAGAAAAAGUGCCAGACUUUGUCAAGGUGGACACGCAUCAAUGCCAUGAAAUCGCCGGCUACAUUUGCCUAUGGUUUCAUGCUGAGAAGGAGGAGCCUAGCUGGUUUCCGCUCCAGGACGUGGAGGCCAAGAUGAGCACAAUGGGCAAAGUUGGAUUCUUCGAAGCCUACGUGGAAUGCCACGUACAGGAUAUUAUUGAGAAUGGUGGAGACAUACCGCACCUAAAUGUCGUCCAUGGACCACAAAUAUACGACAAGCACUACACCGGGACAUUUGAAGUGCACGAAACCAAGAAACAUAUCGGCAUUACCGCCUCCUCGUUUGUCCGGAAAGACUCCAAAAAUAUCUGGAGUUAUUUCAGUCCAGAAUAUAAGAAACAAAAGAGGGAGAUAUACCAGGAGCAGCACGGGCCAGGCCUGUGCUUUGUGGAUUUCGGCAAGGAGCUCUUGGUUAUUGCCAACACACCCGUCGGGCCGCUCAGACAGAAAUUGACCUACGUCCUGUACAGCCCGUUUACCAAGGGACUCAAAAAUGCAAUCGUCAAUAAGCUGAGACUGUAUUUCAGCUUCCUUGCACUACAAGGAGACUUUGUCAUCUGGGCCAAUAAGACCUACCUGAGCAAACCGCAGUACGUCAAGGAGGACAGUCCCACUGUCGCACAUCGCCGAUGGUUCUCCCAGUUCUACACGGAGCAUAGCCCGAGGUACAACCCUCCUGACCCGCUACAAUGGUGAAACCUAGGUCCAUAUAUAGGCUCUCCGAAAAUAUUGCAAACAGAUUAUAUACAUUCCCUUAAAAUAAAAACUAUUCACAUUUCCAUGUAGAAUAACAAACGCUUGCUAAAAAAAAACAGUUCAAGUAACUGACCUGAGCCAUGCCAUGCAAACGGGUAAUGUCUUCAUUAUCUUCGGAAAAUAAAUGCUUCCACAGCUAUUGUUCAUCAGUUUUUGGUUAAUUAUUUUGUGAAAAAAUUUCAAUAAUGUAUCAACGAAAAACUGUAUAUUUUUUAUUCCAGUUAUAAGCAGCUAGGCCUAUAUCAGUGCUUAACGUGUUGUUCGAUUUUCUUUUGUUUUAGAUCAAGCUUUAUAUUCAUGUAGUUGAUAGUUAAAUUUAAGGUGCAGUAGGCAAAAAAAAAAAGUUAAAUCAGAAUGAAGUCAUCCUGCGAUGCAUUAUGUUUGAAAUAUAUAUGUAUAGGAUUGCAUGUAUUGUCAUUCCCAUUAUCGGGCAUUGAUCAUGAGAUUUAAAAAAAAAAUGAUCUUCAUUAUCCCGAAAUAUAACUUCGUGAAAAAAAGGUCUUUCUUACAGGACGUCAUUAUGAUGAAAUAAUGAUGAAAAUGUCGAAAUCUAUCUUUGUUGUAAGAUGUUGUCAUACCAAGGAAAACAUUGCAUGAAGUGUAAAACACAACGCUGCAAUCAAGCUGGAUUCAUUUGAUUCGUUUAGUGCUGGUUGUUCAUAUAGGUUCAAUCGAAAGCGAAAUGUAGUAAGCAUAUGGUAACCGUGGUUUGAGUUUUAUUGAUUUGAAUGUAUUUGACACACUACACAAGGAUAUCUGAAGGAUAUCUGAAGUAGGUCUAUGUCAGAGAGAUUUACUUAGUAUAUUUUGUGUUUAUAUAAUUUGGUUUCAGUUUUACAUAUGCCCGCUGAAUACUAAUUCGAAAUCUAUAUGUUCUGCGAAAAAAAUUACGUCCUUGAAGAGAAAAAAAAAGAGACACAUUUAUAACUGACAGAGAAACGCUUUAGUUGGCAAAUGCCAAACUGAUGAGAGACAAUGAGAAGACACUAGAUCUUUUCGUGAUUGGACAUUUCGAAAAACAGGUCGCUUUCAGUUUUCUGUGAAUCUUCAUAGUUAGUAGACUGUUUUUUAUUCAGUGUUUGUAGAGACUGUUGAUCGAUAUACUAAAUGACUUGUAUAAUACCGCCAUGAUUGAUUUUAGAAUUUCAAAUUGGAACGAACAAAUCUACGAAUAUCCACACUGACCAUGUGUGGCUAAAAUCAAUUGAAAGUGUUCGGCAAAGAUCAAGUUUUGCAUUUCUUCAAUAAAAUGACCACUACUAACCACAGGA